CUGGGGGAGAGGACUUUUUCUCCUGUUGUAUAUGAACAAGAGAACAUGUGACUCCAAUUGCCACUGGCAGCUGUCUUAUGACCCCCAGAGGUGAAGAAGCGCGCCUGGAAGAUGACAGAGCAGAGAAAAUGAACACUUUCCCAAAAUACUUCUGGCUUGAGACUACACGUGAGAAUUUUAUGAAAUGGAUGAAAAGAGGCUGCUGGAUCCAGGGUUGACAGUUCAUAAAGGCCUCUGGGAUUACACUCUGAAGAGCCAGCAGAUGGAAUGCCUGAGUGACUGAAGAAAAUGGGUGCUAAUGCAUCUAACUAUCCUCAUUCAUGCUCCCCGAGGGUAGGGGGAAAUCCUCAAGCCCAACAGACUUUUAUAGGGACAUCAUCCUAUUCUCAGCAAGGCUAUGGUUGUGAAUCAAAAUUAUAUAGCCUUGACCAUGGCCAUGAGAAACCACAAGACAAAAAGAAGAGAACCUCUGGCCUUGCCACCCUCAAAAAGAAGUUUAUUAAGCGUCGAAAAUCUAAUAGGUCUGCCGAUCACGCCAAGCAGAUGCGAGAACUCCUGUCUGGGUGGGAUGUUAGAGAUGUUAAUGCUUUAGUGGAGGAAUAUGAGGGGACUUCAGCCUUAAAGGAGCUUUCCCUACAAGCCAGUUUGGCUAGACCAGAAGCUCGGACAUUACAGAAAGAUAUGGCCGAUCUUUAUGAGUACAAGUACUGUACUGAUGUAGACUUAAUAUUUCAAGAAACUUGUUUCCCUGUUCAUCGUGCCAUUUUGGCAGCAAGGUGUCCAUUUUUUAAAACGCUGCUUUCUUCCUCACCAGAGUAUGGAGCAGAGAUCAUUAUGGACAUCAAUACGGCUGGUAUAGACAUGCCCAUGUUUUCUGCUUUGCUACACUACCUUUAUACAGGAGAGUUUGGAAUGGAGGACUCAAGGUUUCAAAAUGUUGAUAUUCUCGUCCAGCUUAGUGAAGAAUUUGGAACACCAAAUUCCCUUGAUGUAGAUAUGCGUGGACUUUUUGAUUAUAUGUGUUAUUAUGAUGUUGUCCUUAGUUUUUCUUCAGACUCUGAAUUGGUUGAAGCUUUUGGUGGAAAUCAGAACUGUUUAGAUGAAGAGCUCAAAGCUCACAAGGCUAUUAUUUCAGCAAGGUCCCCAUUUUUUCGGAAUUUAUUACAAAGGAGAAUACGGACUGGUGAAGAAAUCACAGACCGAACUUUGAGGACUCCCACCAGAAUUAUAUUAGACGAGUCCAUUAUACCGAAAAAAUAUGCGAAAGUGAUCUUACACUGUAUGUAUACCGAUGUGGUGGACCUCUCCGGUUUGCACUGCAGCCCCUCUGUGGGGAGUCUCAGUGAGGUUCAGGCUCUCGUCGCAGGGAAGCCGAACAUGACCAGGGCAGAAGAAGCCAUGGAACUUUACCACAUAGCACUGUUCUUGGAAUUUAACAUGCUUGCACAAGGCUGUGAGGAUAUCAUUGCUGAGAGCAUCUCAUUAGAUACCUUAAUUGCCAUCCUCAAGUGGAGCUCUCAUCCAUAUGGCUCUAAAUGGGUGCACCGACAAGCUUUACAUUUCCUCUGUGAGGAAUUUUCCCAGGUCAUGACUUCGGAUGUUUUUUAUGAACUCAGCAAAGAUCAUCUGCUUACUGCUAUCCAGUCUGACUACCUACAGGCAAGUGAACAAGAUAUCCUUAAAUAUCUGAUUAAAUGGGGUGAGCAUCAAUUGAUGAAAAGAAUAGCUGACAGAGAGCCAAACUUACUGAGUGGCACUGCCCACAGUGUGAACAGAAGAGGCGUAAAAAGACGAGACCUGGACAUCGAAGAGCUUAGAGAGAUCCUUUCUUCUCUCUUACCUUUUGUGCGAAUUGAACACAUCUUACCUAUAAACAGUGAAGUCCUCAGUGAUGCAAUGAAAAGAGGCUUGAUUAGUACUCCUCCAUCAGAUAUGCUUCCGGCAACAGAGGGUGGAAAGUCAAACGCCUGGUUACGGCAAAAGAAUGCUGGAAUAUAUGUCCGCCCUCGACUGUUCUCUCCGUACGUGGAGGAGGCGAAGUCAGUGCUGGACGAGAUGAUGGUGGAGCAAACAGAUCUUGUGCGUUUGCGAAUGGUUAGGAUGUCCAACGUGCCAGACACACUUUACAUGGUUAAUACCGCUGUGCCACAGUGCUGUCACAUGAUGAGCCACCAGCAGAUCAGCAGUCACCAGUCAAGCCCUCCUUCCGUCGUAGCCAAUGAAAUUCCAGUUCCUCGUCUCCUCAUUAUGAAAGACAUGGUCAGACGUCUGCAGGAGCUACGGCACACCGAGCAGGUGCAGAGAGCCUAUGCACUCAACUGUGGGGAAGGCGCCACGGUCAGCUAUGAGAUUCAGAUUCGAGUGCUGAGGGAGUUUGGUCUUGCAGACGCUGCUGCAGAGCUCUUGCAGAAUCCUCACAAGUUCUUUCCGGAGGAACGUUUUGGGGACGAAAGUCCGCUCUUGACAAUGAGACAGUCUGGGAGAUGUCGAGUCAACAGCACCCCCACUGCAGAAACCAUGUUUACAGAUCUGGACUCUUUUGUGGCCUUCCAUCCACCCCUGCCCCCACCGCCGCCUCCGUACCACCCCCCAGCGACCCCAAUCCAUAACCAGCUCAAAGCAGGCUGGAAACAGAGACCUCCCAGCCAGCACCCUUCACGCUCCUUCUCUUACCCCUGUAAUCAUUCACUGUUUCCCUCCAGAACGGCCCCUAAAGCCGGCCCCCCUCCUGUCUACCUGCCAGGCGUUAAAGCAGCAGCACCUGAUUGCACCAACACCACAGGACUGGGGAGACAGACCGUGGCCGCCGCCGCCUCCACCUCGGCAGCGGUAGCUUCUGAGAAACAAGUGUGCACACAGCCUGUGCUCAAUGAUCUGAUGCCGGACAUCGCCAUGGGCGUGUCCACACUGUCCCUCAAGGACAGGAGGCUUCCAGAACUGGCUGUAGACACGGAAUUGAGCCAGUCAGUUUCUGAAGGAGGACCAGGGCCUCCCCAGCACCUGUCAUGUAUUCCACAGAGGCAUACACACACGUCUCGAAAGAAACACACAUUAGAGCAAAAACCAGACGCUCGAGAAAAUCAGCAGGAAUAUCCGGAUUUCUAUGACUUCUCAAAUGCUGCUUGCAGACCUUCUACGCCUGCUCCUGGCAGACGCACCCCCUCCCCUUCGCAAGGUGGAUAUUUUGGUCCCGAUUUGUAUAGCCACAAUAAGGCAUCACCAAAUGGCUUAAAGUCAGCCUACCUACCUAGCCAGACCUCUCCUAAGAAGCAGGAAGAAGCUAGGAGAGAGUAUCCACUUUCCCCUGAUGGGCAUCCACACAGACAAAAGAAUGAGCCGAUACACCUUGAUGUCGUGGAGCAACCUCCGCAGCGGUCAGACUUGCCUUUGGCAGCCUCAGAAGGUGUCGGCAGUGGCCCAGCCCACGUCAGGGGACGGACAGCAGUAGAAACUGACUUGACUUUUGGGCUGACUCCCAACAGACCCUCACAUUCUGCAUGCAGCUCUGAAGCUCCAGAAGAGAGACCCGGUAGGAGACUGGCUGACAGCGAGUCCCUGGGCCAUGGAGCUCAGCGAAAUUCCGAUUUAGAAAGGGAAGAUUCAAUAAGCAGGGGAAGGAGGUCACCAAGCAAGCCAGACUUCCUCUACAAAAAGUCUGCCCUCUGAGAGCAACCUCCAAGUCGUCCGUGCCUGAGAUGUGAAACAUCCCAUUUUAUGAUGUAACCCAACAACUUAGAGACCAGUUUAUUGAUGCCAGCUAACUCAUUUUCACAUUAUUUUAUUCUCGUUUUUGUAUAUACAUGUUUAUUAGACAUGGCAUGCUAAGAGGGUUAUUUUGAAUGCUGCAUCUGUCUAUUUUGUGUUUGAACAAUUAUGUGGGGAGGCAUUUCUAAGAGCAAGCAAGCUGGCACUUUUUUUUUCUCUUUACAAAUGAUGGGAUUUUUUUGCACUUGUACAUUUAUUUUAUGUGUUGAUUUUAUAUCAGUAUGUUAAACUUUAUUGCCACAUUUAAAGGAACUGUAUUUUCAUACUUUUUUGCAUUUUACCUUUCAUCUACCAGUUUCCAUGUGCAUUGGAUUGCACACUAAGAUGUAUUUUCUUAUGAAAUAGUUCUGUGUUUAUUUUUUAAUUAUAGAAAUUCCAAAGAACAGCACAUCAAAAUGCUCCUCUCUUUUCGGUAAUUGUUUUAGUUCAGAAAGCUUCCUGCUCAGUCUCCAUAAACCUAGUAUCAUUCUUUCUUAUCGAGUCUUGGGAGCUGGUCUUCAUUCCUCCAGCGGGAGUCCAAUCAGGAUCCUGGAGUUUUCUGCUGGUUCAGUAAAGAAUAGAAAGGAGCAAAGCCUUUUGUGCCCAGGCUAAAGCUCUUGCUUUGUUCCCAGUGUGGACACGGUCAGAAUCCCUGCGAAUGCCGGUAGGUGGACCAGCGGAUCACUAGAUGAGGUUCUAGAGACAUCAGCUUUCCUGGAAUCCUAAGGCAGUGGGAACAGCGAAGUGACUUCCAGCACGCGCUACGGGAUUUCGGGUUCUGAGCUCCGACUCUCCGGCUGAGGGCUGCUCGCUGCCUUCAGUUGUCUUGCUCUCUGUGGAAAAAAACAAAAGGGCUUCAGUCUUACGGAUGUCAUUUGGUGUUUGUAAGCCUAUGUUUUCUUUUAAAUGUUUUUCAAAGCGUGUCUGAA